AACAAAAAGUAUUGUAAUAAUUUGAAUUUGCCUUCGAUUCAGACUCACAGAAACGAAGUUUAGUUUGGAAGUGGGAAUGCUUCGCUUCAACUUAAUUUAUUAUGUUAUGAUACUCAACAACAAGCUUUUCUGCUUUCCUUGGAUAACGAUUCUCAUCUCUCUUCUUCUGCUACCCUCCUCUGCUUCUUCCAAGCACCAUGGAAAUCCUGCAAAUGAUCUUGUAGAGAUCAUUAACAAGAAUAGAACUGCCCAUAAACUUCCACAGCUUAAUGACAGCCCGGGUCUUGGCUGCAUGGCGCUGCAAUAUGUUGAAUUAUGCAAACCUAACUGCACCGGAAAAAGCGGUGUCAAGUGCAAUCCACCUGAGGAUGACUUCACUGAGGUUUUUGGACCUAAUUGUGGUGUAGAGCUACCGACUUUUGGCACCAUAACAGGGCACAUUGUGGGUUGCGAAUCCAAGUAUGUUGAUCCUUCAGAAGCGUUUUCUCAACUUGUAAUUAAAGAUGGAAAGGCAUUGUCCCUUGUGAGAAAUAAAUCACAUACGGAGGUGGGAGUAGGUUUGAUUGGGUUUCACAAGGGACCUUUCUUGUGGUGUGUUUUAUUUAGCGAUGGUCAGACAAAUUCGACAUUUGUUCUGGAGGAUCAUGGAAAAGGGAUCAAGCAGAAAAAGGGGUGCUAUAGUGGAAACAAUUCGACAUGCAGCAGGGGACAGAAGAUGAGCGUAUCGCUGAGCAAUGCUUUAAGCUUUUGUUUUAUAGGUAUCUAUUUGUUCCUACAUUAAAACUAGUUUGUGACAAUGUGAAUUACUUCACUGAAACUAGUUUGAAAUUCAAUUUUGUUUUGUAAGUUUAGAAACGCUGAGCCAGUUAUAAUUAUACUGUGGUAUAUCUUGUGUGACUCGGUGGUUAAGACUGCUACAAUUUUCUCCUGGUGUGAAUGAGGACAAAUUGGCUUUCUAACA